GACUCUUCUGUAGUUUUAGGUGGCAAUCAGAUCCAGAUGACCGAUGAGGAUGGUGACGAGGACGACGAAGAUGGUGAAACAUAUGCAGGCGAAGAUGGCGAGUGUCUCAGAUGGUCUGCAUAUGAUGAAAAAGGCGUAGACGAUCAUAAAACGAGCAAUAAUUUUGGCAGUCAACGACAACAUCAGACGAUGAACUACAACAACUGCAGUAGUUCUAAGACGAAUGCGACUGUUGGUAUGAAGAUCCUACCUCCUCCAACGACUUCUUCUGCCUCAACAUCAUACACUAAUGUAACUCAAGCAACUCCAUCUUCCUCCUCUAGUUCAAACUCUAGUGGUGCUGCUCUCCACAAAGUUAGUACUAUAAUCACACCUUGUCGACUAGCAUCAAAUGGCAAUCCACCUUGGCACGACUACUCUGGGGCACUCGCUAGUGGUCAGCUAGUGUAUCAAAAACUACUGCAUCAUCCUGUCGCGAAGACCUUUCCGAAAACAUUGGUGAACCUGUGCGGGCCGUCCUACGUCACGCCACAACUGCUCUCAUCGGCCAUCACCGGAGGUCGCAACCCCAAAGCCGCACUAGGUCGCAUUUUUGAUGGCUUCGCGUGUAUGGGGGAGCUGUUGGGAUCUAGGAGUGUGCCAACACAGUUUAGUAGCGAAGAAGAACGGCAGUCAGAAGAGAUAGUGCAAAAUUGGCGAGGCAUCAAGGACACAGAGUCAAUGCACAAUUUUGGUUGCGAUGCUACCUCGGAAGAGGAUUUGUUGAGUGCGCUUGGAGCAUCUCGGGAUGUGUACGAUGCAAACAAGGCGAAUCAACUUUACAAGUAUUUCUUUUUCGCGUUUUCGCCAGUUGUCUUGAAUAUUUUAGAUUUCGUGAUGUCAGCGUCAUAUUAAGUAAUUGAUACCUCCUCAUCUCGCCUGGAAUUCUAUCAGCUUUCACUGAGAUACUGACAAUAAUAAUCUCCCUCUGCCUCUCCUUCUCCAGGCAGCAGCAGUACCUCGGACAUUAUUACUACCUCGCACGACACCACAAAGCACACGAGCAGGGCAACGUGAUAGCGCAGGAGCAGAAAGCCGAGAACCGCCGUCACACCCCAACGGUUUUGAUGAUCGCCGAAAAACCCUCUAUCGCCAAAGUUUUAGCUGAGCAACUAGGUCCUCAAGGCCGGCAACCAUGGCAACGACGCAACACGGUGGCAAAAGGCAUUGCAACUUUUGAGUACAACGGGUAUUUCAAGGAAGCUGGCAGAAACUGCCGUUUUGUUGUGACGUCUACGAUUGGCCACUUGUUUCGCAUUACGUUUAAACAGCAGAAAGGCCUAAAACCCUUCGGAAUGUACGACGCAGAAACAGUAAAAGAACUAGAAUUAAGGGUUUCGACAUUACAUCCCCCAAUAACAACAUCCUUGGCCUUUUUUCAAGUACAGAAAAUACAAGUAGGUGAAGGAUGUUCUGAAGAAUGUAAUGUGGAAAUCUUUAAUAGAAGACAGCUCAGUGAAGAUGCGACUACCGGAGCAUCUACAGCAAUUAGCUGCGGAGAGCGACUACCUAGUGCUGUGGCUCGAUUGCGAUAGAGAAGGUACUCGAUGACGUAGCUUUUUUCCAGCAACUCAAUCGCUAUGCAUUUGAUCUAUUAUCAGUCUAGUACUUUUUCAGUCGUAAUAUGUACCCAUUUGCAUUUGUUCUAAAUAACUUUCAAUGAAAAUAUGUAUCUUUUUCCAGGUGAGAUGAAGAUUUGCUACGAGGUGAAAACAUCUGCUAUCAUCUAUCGCUAUCCAUUUGCAUUUGUUCUAAAUCUAAAGAUCACGAAACUCUCUCAAUGAAAAUAUCUUUCUCCAGGUGAAAACAUCUGCUACGAGGUGAUUUCUCUUCUGCGAGACCAGUUCCCAACGGAUGAUAACGUUUAUCGCGCUCAUUUUUCUGCCAUCACCGGUCCCGCUUUAAAGGAAGCUGUUUCUACCCUGAAAAGACCGAAUAAGUUUUUGUCGAUGUCAGUCGACGCAAGACAAGAGCUUGACCUCAAAGUUGGCUGUUCCUUCACGCGUAUGCUCACGUGGAAUUUUCUCAAGUUUGCCCAACUGAAGUUCCCGAAGAGCGAGUUGACAGUGUUGAGCUACGGACCCUGCCAGACGCCGACCUUGUACUUCUGCGUCCAACGGCAUAGAGAAAUCCAGAAUUUUCAAUCCGUAAAGUGGGAACAAGCCACGUUUCAUUACGGCCAAGUGGAAUUUUUAGAAGGUGGUGCAGCGGAAGAAGAGAACGAGAAUGACAGUUCUGCUUCUGGUGCUGGAGGAGGUCAACAUGGUAAGAACAACAAAGGCGGUGGCGGUAAAGGGGGUGGUCACCAAGGUGGAAAGAACCGAGGUUCUGGAGGUAAAAAUCAAGGUAGGCACGCGAACGCCACCGAAAGUCGACCGAGCGUCACCGUGAAUGCUGUCGUUAGCAGUGUGCGGCAGGAGCGGAAGUGGAUCAAGAAACCACCAGGCUUGAACACUGUGAAUUUACUGAAAGCAGCUUCGAAAUUAGGGAUUUCACCUGCCAGUGCCAUGAAAACUGCGGAAGAGCUCUAUUCCCAAGGCUACAUUUCUUACCCCAGAACGGAAAGCACGAAAUAUGCGCCGUCUUUCAACGUAACUGAGGUAGCCCGCCUUUUCGCGGGUCAGGAUGGGCAUCAUGGACACUCAGCAGAUGUCAGUCGAACGUUGAAUGCUUUACUACAGCGCAACAAUGGGCAAAUCAGACCACCCAGCGACGGCUACGAUGCUGGCGACCAUCCACCGGUAACGCCGAUGAGAGCAGUGUGGAAUCGCGGAGACCUGAAACCGAAAGCCUACAAACUUUUCGACUAUGUUGUACGACACUUCGUGGCGAGCUUGCACCAUAACGUGGAGUACACGGAGUACAAAGUUACCUCACGCCUUGAGGAUAGGAGACAUAGCCAACUAGAUUUUGAGGCAGUGUUUCACUCAGUGCCGGACAGGGGCUUCUUGAGCGUAAUGGACCACAUGGGCAAGUUUUUGAAGGAUGCGGGAAGGUAGUAUUUUCCAGCUUUGCUUGUGAAGGUCGAUGCUCGUACUUCUAGAGCCUUGAUUAGACACUCAACAUCUCUCACGUUUGUUUAUCUUUUCUGCCGGGACAUAGCUUUAAGGCCCAACUUUCAUUAGUCAACAUUGAAGUAGUUGGUCAACACUGUCACUGAAGACACCGAAGCGUAGACCCCUUGAGACAACACGGGAAAUCUAAGGGAAGAAGGGGAAAAUUGAAAUCAGUUCUUUCUGCACGCAUCAGGUCUACCCAACUCCGCGAAGGCCAAAGACUACACAAUGUCCAGCUCCGAUUCAAAGAGGGGUGGACCGAGCCACCAGCCUACUUGACAGAAGGCGAAUUGGUAGACUUGAUGGACAAAAACAGGAUUGGCACUGACGCAUCCAUGGCACAGCACAUCGAGAACGUCGUCACGCGGAAUUACGUCGUCGUCUGUGGCCCGGGUCAGCGAGGUCAGAAGGAGGCUGGACCGCGCAUCCUGACCAAAGGGAUGAACAAGGGCAAGUUGAAGGAUCACUCCUGGCCAGCAUCGAGACACAUGGUUCCGACCGGACUUGGUUUGGCGGUCUUAGACAUGUUUCAGCGUUCCGUUCCGGCGUUGUGCGAGCCGGACAUUCGAGCUUACAUGGAACGACAAUGCAAUAUGAUCUCCGAAGGGAAUUCCAGCAAAGAGUCCGUGGUGACCGAAAAUAUCGAAAUUUUCAAGGAAAAAUUCUGUCAGUUUGAACAGAACUUGGACAAAAUCGCGAAUAUCUUAGCGCCUAAGCCUGGUUCGCCAGGCUAUGAUCCGAAUUUUAGAUGGCAGACCAGUAGCUUGGGAGCUGGUGGAGGUAUUCUUAAUGUGAGGAACAACAACAGUAACAACUCCUCGUCAACGAGGACCAACAAUAAAGGAGGUAACAGUACCACUAACAUUUUCGGUACGUCAACGAGUGCUACGACUAACACUUCAACAUCAACAGCCACCGGCAAGAAUCAAUAUGCUACUAGUACUUCUUACAACAACGCUGCAGCUGCUGGUGGUGGAAAAGGUAACCUUCAUAGUUACAACAACACGACGUCACAACCGCAAGCUGCUGUUGCUGCUGGCACGACAUCGCAGUCGAAUUCCAACUCCAACAAGAAUCAUGGAGGGCCCUCAAACGCCAACUCUUCUAGCUCCUACAGUCGUCCUGGUCCUUACGGUAACGCUAGCGGUCAAAGGCUUGCGGCGCAGUCAACUGCUAGAGGAUACCAAGGCAACCAGCAACACGACUAUGGUCCAUCUUCGUCACCUCAAAAUAGUCGUGGAAAACCUCAAAAGGGAGGUGGAAAAGAAUCGUCAUCUUCUAGUGGUGGAUGGCAGCAGCAGAAUAAUUCCGACAGUACUAAAGCCGGUAAGAAUUCUUCUGGAGGAGGCAGCGGCAAGGACAAAGACAACAACAAGGGCGGGAAAAACAGCCACAACAGCACCAGCAAAGACCACAGCAGGAAAGACAAUAAGAACAACAAUAAAAAUGAUGGAGGCACUGGCAAGAACAGUAAAAACAAUAAGGGUCGUGAUGCUGGUGGUCGUGGGAAGGGUGGAAAAAAAGACGACAUGGUCGAUCCUUCCGCAACCGGUUCAAACAAUAUUCCACUUGGACCAAGGAAAGAUAAUCUCACUUUACCGACUACAUCUUCAUCUACCUCAACAUCUUCUGGUGGGAACGCUGCUGCUAGAAAUAGUACUAGCUACAACAACAACAGUAAGAACCAAUAUCAGACGCGUCAGACUGGGACUAGAGGUGCAGGUGGACGGCCAUCACCCUCACCUGGAAGGCAUGCAGCUUCGUCAGGGUCUUCGUUGAAUGCGUAUCCGUCUAGGGGAACCGGAACAGCGACAACAGGUGGAGCUGGUGCAGGUGGUAGUUCCUCUUCCAAUAACAGACAAAACAAGAACGCAAAUACCAAUACAAAUUCCAACAACUACACGAGAAAUGGGUCUGCACCAAGUCAGGGUUAUCAACACAAAAACGCGCAGGGCCAUCAACCGAAACGCUCGUCUGGUUGGGAUGUUGGGCCUACAGCGCAGCAGUCAAAUAUGACAAAAAGCACGUCAGGAGCAGCUUCAGCUUCGAGUAGUAAUCACACGACAAAUUCUGGGACAAGUAAUAGUACAACUAAAAGUAACAUGAUGACCGGGCGUGGCGCAACUCAAAGUAGUCAACAGCAGACUUCGUCGUGGGCUGCAGCAGCGAACGCAACUACAUCAGCAGGAAACGGAGCUUCUACAUAUAAUCAGCAGCAACAAAGUUGGGCACCAGGUGCCGCAUCUUCUACACCGCCUCAUCAGCAAGCCGCUUUUCAACAGCAACAGGCAGCAUAUUACCAGCAACAGAUGGCAGCAUACCAACAUUAAGGGUAGUUUAUCACUAUUGCUGAGUGGAGGACUCCUAUGCUGAGUCGUGGAGUCCUCUCCGUUUUUUUGAAAAGGGGAAGCUACGUGGCAAAGAGGGCAACCCAGUCGACUCGGGAUAGUGAGAAACUACCUUUAACAACCGCAGCUAGUGGCACUUCGACAGCAACAGCUUCAACAACAAUGGACGCCCGAGCAGAUGCAAAUGUAUGCUGCGGGAGGUGGGUAUGGUGCUGGGGGACAACGAUGAUGCUAUGAUCUAGUGUAUGGCCCAACCACAUCAUAACUGCUUACUGAGUGCUUCUUACCGUUCGCUACCAUGUACAUCUUCAGCAUGAGUCAACAUUCGAAGAAUUGAAAGCGAGAACAAGUAAAGUGAGUUCGACAUCAUAUUGAUAACUCAACUUUUAACGCCAUAAGUAAACCAGAUGAUCAUGAUAGAUCUCUUUAACAUGUAACUAUGUCACGAGACAGAGAGACUUCCAUCUGAGUUUUUGUACACUUAUAUUUAGCUCUGUACUAGAAAUAAUGAUGAUCCAUGGCAGGAUACAUCAAGUGAAUUCCCCUUCCUCGAAUACAUGACGAUUGGAAAGAAUAAACCUAUCCUCUCACCUCUUAUCCCAGAAACUGACCUCCCAAAGCACACCUCAUCACGAGGAUCUUUAGGUGAAAUUGUUAUUAGUGAAAAUGUUAGGAUAUUAAUUGGUCUUCGUUGCACUCGUAGGAUGUCGUCGAGCACAGGCGAUUUGGAUGUGUUUUGUUUGAAUCAAUCACAGUUUCGGAUCCGGAGAAGUCGGAUCCAGCGAAGUCGGAUUCGGAGUCAAGGGACUUCGAAGGAGAGAUAAAGGGAGAAGUGCUACUAGUGCGUC